AUGUUCAAGUUUGCUACUACACGGUUGUACGGUUCUUGCACCCUGUUCAAACUGCUCUUGUCUAUCAAGGCCACUCUGGCCCAUGCUGAUCAAGCUUCCACAGCUGCCAAAGACAAACCCUCUACAACUGUCAACGACGACUCAUCUGAAGAGGAGGACGAUGACACUCAGGAGGGAGCGGUUUCUCUAUCCGGAGCAUUCACGAAGGUGACAAAGAAGAAGGUGAAGAAGAAGAAGAAGAAGUCGCUCCUUUCCAAGAACCUCUAA